AUGCCGACAACACACGUGGAACCCAGCUCGGCAGAGCAUCUCCAAAAAGUGGCAGAUGCACUGCUGAAAUCCCGUAAAGUGGUUGUCGUUACUGGCGCCGGUAUCAGCACAAACUCUGGCAUCCCAGAUUUUCGAUCUGAGAAUGGUCUUUACUCGCUAAUCCAGGCUCAAUUCGACGCCUUUGCCCGAGACGCAGCCCGUAAACAGGGCGAGAGCACCGAAAACGAAAGCGACGCGGAUGAUAGCGAACGACAGGGCAAACGCCGACGCGUGUCGGUCGAUGAAGAUGAAUCAAGUACUGAAAACAAGGUCAAAGAUGAAGGGGACGAAUCUGAACUCCCCGACAAUGACGGCUCACUGAAAGAAAAAACAACACCUGCAUCCACCAGAUUCCAGACACCAAAGCCCAAGAGACUAGCAGAGGCUAUCGCGCAUUUUAUGAGCUCGCCGUUAUCCUCACCUCUUGCCGACGAACUACUAGUCCCGCCAUCGUCGUUUCGCUUCACACACCCACAGUUUCUCACAUCGUUUACAGGCAUCACAUCACCGCGUUCUUCGCCGCCACCGGAGAUGUCUGAUGCACCCGACUCAUCGCCCACCCGUCACAGAGGCAGUUCUGAUUCUGAUGAAGAAGAGGAUGAGGUCGAACCGCCGUCAUCCCAGCCACUAUUUAUGGCCUCGCAGGGCUCCAAUGGCGGCAAGACGACGUUGCCGAAUAUGAAGGGCAAAGACCUCUUUGACGCGUCCAUCUGGGCCGAUCCACUACGUACAUCCGUCUUCUACACGUUUGCUACAUCACUGCGCCAGAAAAUUAAAGAUGCAGAGCCUACAAGCUCGCACAAGUUCAUUAGCCAUCUCCGAGACCGCGGCAAGUUGGUUCGCUGUUACACCCAAAAUAUCGACCAGAUUGAAGAAAAGGUCGGACUCUCCACGGAGCUAUCUGGCGGACCGGGAAGCAGAGGACGCUUCUCAAGACGAUCAACAGCAAAUACUAGCCAGCUGAACAAAAUGGUGGAGGAGGCUGCAGCACUUGACACUGCUAGCUCCGAGUCCUCGCAACAAUCGUCCUCUGAGGACGCGGCAACAUCACCAACCGAUGACGACGAUGGAGCUGCAAAGAAGGUCCUGCCUGCUGUAGUGAAAAAAGAACCACCAAAGUCGGGAGUCGAGUGUGUCUUCUUGCAUGGAUCUCUCGAACUACUCCGCUGUUUUCUGUGUGGUAAAGUUUGCUCUUGGGAUGUUGAAGACCGUGAAGCCAAUACGCUACAUGGCGAGCAACCAGACUGCCCUCACUGUGCUGGUGCAGCAGCAGAGAGACAAGAGCGAGGCAAGCGAGCACUUGGCGUUGGAAAACUGCGCCCUGAUAUUGUGCUCUAUGGCGAGGACCAUCCAAAUGCUCACCUCAUUAGCCCUAUCAUUACCCACGACCUGUCACUGUACCCUGAUCUACUGUUGAUUAUGGGCACCAGUCUGCGCGUUCAUGGGCUAAAGGUUAUGGUUCGCGAGUUUGCCAAGACGGUUCACAGCAGAGGCGGUCAUGUUGUGUUUGUAAACUUUACGAAGCCACCAGAGAGCAUCUGGGGUGACAUUAUCGACUACUGGGUGCAGUGGGACUGUGACGCUUGGGUGGCUGAUCUUCAAGAUCGUGUGCCAAAACUCUGGCAGGAACCGGAAGUGAAACGGCCUCGACAACCCAAGAAGGUCAAGGCACCACCAGCAAACCCCAUGGCAUUGCGGGAUACACGGGUUACAGGCGCCUACUGCACACUUAAAGUUCUCAAGGAGCUCCGCCGCAUCAGUGGAGAGAAGAAGCCCCCUGCUGCUCGCCGCGCCAGCGCUUCCGAGUUGCCAACGGAGCAGACGACAAGCUCCGAGGCAAAAGAAGUCGGCGCAGAUGCUACUGAAGAAGCUGCUAAACUGCCGGAAUCUAGCAGUGAACCACCAACCGAUCCGGUUGGGCCUGCUACCGAAAAGCCGCAGCCUGUGAAGAAGCCGCGCAAGCCAAGAUCGAGAGCUCCACGAAAGUCCGCCCCUGGUGCGCUAGAGUUGGGCCAGACGCUGGCGAAGCCGUCUACUCUGAAUCCUAACCAUGGGCGGUCCAAGAAGACGGACAUUGCAGCUAUUCUUCAGCAAGAUAUGCCGCCAUCGAGCCCUCUCUCGGACAACUCUAUUCUGGACUCUGUCAAGGCCAACCCCCGCCGGCGUAAGAGGAAGAUGAUUGACGGAGAAGAGGUGGCGACGCCAUCAGUAGGAAGACGCCGUGGUGGCAGCAUUCCCCAGCAAUCCCUCCUUGAUCAAGCAUAUCAGCUACCGCCGCUGCGUCCUUCUGGCCUUCCUUUCCCCUGUGGACGGCCACAGCCUCUGGAGCCGAGCAGCCCGCCUACCGGACCGCUGACGUCUCUGUCUGUGAACUUACGCUCGCCCCUCGGAACCAAUACGCGGUCUGCGUCCGAGGCUGCGGCGUGGACAGGCGGCUCUUUACCCCCUUUGCACCCAACGCAGACGGUAGUGGUGUCGGGGAACGAAAAUGAGCCUAUUGGCGCUGCCAAAGCUUCGAAACAGCGUGGUGGCCUUAGGGGCCGAUCUACAUCUGGGUUGACGGCAUGGGGAUCUACUUGGGACUGCUCACCCCGAAUGUAG